AUGUCUUCCCGCUCUGCAUCCUCUGGCACACUCAAACCAAGCUUGAAGAAGAAAGCGAAGAUAGUCCCGCAAAUCCAUUCCAAUCCUUCAAAGCCCAAAUUCCACAUAGAAGCCGAUGCUCCUGCCCUCAGCGCGAAAGCUAAGGGGAAAGCCCGGGCCGUAACUCCCCCGCCCAAAAAGCAGAAGAAAGCCAGCGUCCAGGUAUCUGACCCGAGCUCUUCUCUGCCUACAUCCUUCAAGGUUGUUUUCGGCUCCUACGAGAAACUACUCUACGGUCUCGAAGGCACUGUGUACUCGGAAGGGUUGAAGUACGCCUUCGAUUUAAAACCCAUCUUCAUUUUCCCUGCACAUGUAUCGUGCAUCAAGUCUGUCUCGGCUUCCCCAGAAGGAGGGAAAUGGUUGGCGACUGGGAGUGACGACGAGAUAAUCAAAGUCUGGGAUCUGCGGAGGCGGAAGGAGAUCGGAGGGCUCAUGCACCAUCAAGGGUCCAUCACACACCUCGUCUUCCCUUCGCGUUCUUACCUCCUCUCUGCCUCCGAAGACGGCACGCUUUGCUUGUUCCGAGCACGGGACUGGGCCGUGCUGCGCGAGCUCAAGGGACAUAAGGGUCGCGUCAAUUCGGUCGCAGUACACAAGUCUUGCAAGGUUGCCCUUAGUGUAGGCAAGGACAGGACAUUGCGUAUGUGGGACCUCAUGCGCGGCAAGGGUUCUGCAAGUAUAAAAUUGGGCAAAGAGGGUGAACUAGUGCGGUGGUCUGUGGAUGGCUCAAUUUUUGGCGUACAAACUCAAAACACAAUCGACAUCUAUAACACUGACAUGGAACUUCUUCACACCGUCACCCAUCCAUCCCGCAUACAGGAUAUCCACUUUUGCAAGCGCAUCAUUGGCGAGGGCGACUUGCUGCUCGUCGGUGCUGAAGACAAGAAGCUGACGAUAUAUACUGUUCCGGACGAUCGUACGCAAAUACCUGCGGUCAUCGCAGAGAUGGUUGGCCACAGCAAUCGCGUAAAAGCCGUCGACGCGAUACGCAUAAGCCUACCGGAAGGGUCGUCACGCGAGUCUACCACCGUUGUCUGCACGGUCUCUUCAGACGGGAAGGUCCGUCUGUACGACUUGGCUCUUGUCCCCGAAACCUCCGUGGAGACAAUACAGCUCGACCCUCUGGCGGAGUACGACACGAAGGGCACUCGCUUGACGUGCGUCACCUUGGCGGAUGGGGACCAGUCUCCCUCUGUUCAGGGGAAGCGGAAGCGCGGCAAUGUCGAAGAGAGUGGCUCGGAAGACGAAGCUGAGAUUGAACUAGAAGGCGAACAAAUUGGAGCCGAAGCUCAAGAAGAGGAGGAGGGGAUCGAUGGUGGUGACUCCGAAGCGGAGUGA